AUGUGAACAAAAUGUCCAGUCUGUGAAGGCGUAUUUUUUGCAUUGCAAGCUGCACCGUAAUGAACCCCGACGUAUUUUUAAAUGUGUAGAUAGAAGUUGUAAUCAGGUUUGUUCAAGUUAUGCAGCUCUAAAGUCGCACUUCUAUCGCCGCCACAACAGUGACGUUACGCCAACCGUUAACGUGUCUCAGGCUGUGACCUUAACGCCACUAAAGUGCACCGUCUCGCUUUGUGAACGCCAGUGUGAGGGAACUAAACUGCUGGUUGCUCACUUGAAGGAGCACAUUGCAGAAGGGCGCCAUGUGGCUUGCCCAGUGAGAGGAUGCAAACGUGUGUUUACUGCAAAAACUACUUUUACUUCUCACAUGUCCAGAAAGCACAGACAUUGGUCAGAAAAUGUCAUUGGUGCAACAAUCCAAGAUACACAUUGUGAGAGUCCCACUACAAGUACCAGCACACAGGAGGAAUCCUUGCCUGCCACUCUGUCAGAUGCUGAGGACACUGUAGGUGAUUGGCUACAUUUCAGCAACCUGUAUUUGAGAAAUAUAUGCAUGUUUUACAUGAAACUACAGGGACAGCAUCUUCUCCCAGUGUCUACCAUCCAAAUUAUUAUUGAAGAAAUGCAGAAUAUACACGAGUUGGGACAGAUGUAUACAUUGAAUCGACUAAACUUGCUUCUAAAAGAUAUGUCAGUUUCAGAUGAAGACAUUGUAAAAAUCAGUGACACUGUUAAACAAUCUGACCUGUUUACAGCUUGCCACACAGGACCCAUGAGAACUGCGUACUCGAGAACCCAGUGCUUUAAAGACAUGUUUAAAUAUGUGGAGCCCAAAAAAAAUCAUGCUGGGCAGAGAUGAGAACAGAAGAGAGAGGUGUACCUAUUAUGUUCCUGUGCUUAAAACGUUGAAGGGAAUGCUGGAGUCCGGGUUCUGGCAGGGGCUCAUGUCAGUGGAUCCUAAUAAUGUUUCCAAAACCAAUGUUCUCUCUGACUGUUGUGAUGGUAAGGUGUUUAUGUCAAACACAUUUUUUCAGGAAAACCCAAGCUGUCUCAAGCUGGUUUUAUACCAGGAUGCUUUCGAAGUUGUGAACCCUUUGGGAUCUGCAAAAAAGAAGCACAAGGUUUUGGCUGUGUACUUCUCUCUACUUAAUGUGCCCCCUCAUGUACGAUCAAAUACUGACCACAUGCAGCUGGUUUUAUUGUGCACAGAGAAUGAUUUUAAGAACUUUGGCCAUGCCAAAGUUUUUUCUGAACUGCUUACUGAUCUGAAAGAACUGGAGGAAAAUGGGAUAACAAUGGGAGAUGAAGUUGUAGUAAAAGGAGCUCUCUACUGUAUUGCUGGGGACAACCUAGGCUCUCACACCAUUGGUGGUUUCACAGAAAAUUUCAGUUCAUCUCAGUACUUCUGCAGAUAUUGUCUGAUUUCUCGAACUGAAUUUCAGGGCGCUGAUCCUAACAUCUGUGGACUGGAGCGGACUCCAGAAACGUACAGAUCUGCCAUCGAACAGCUGGAGACAGAGGAUGCUCCACAAGUACAAGGGUUGAAGUUCAAAGAGGCAUCAGAUGUUCCAGGCCUUUCUCUCUGCUGGGUCAGUGAGUCCUCCACCCUUGCAUAUAAAAGAUGGCCAACCAUUUUACUCAGAGCUUUACAGUGAGCAAGUUAAAGGAGCAAUCCUACAUUUUGGCUUCACUGAAAGAAACACAAAAAUUCCUGUUGAUGUGCAGUACAAUGGUAUAAUUUAUAGGAAGGGCCAAAUUGUUGUCACCAAGCAUGAUGAUUCAGUGGAGUUUGGGGAAAUAAUCCUCAUUCUUGUAAAAGAUGAUUUUGCACUUCAUUUUCUGAUGAGAGUGUAUGAUGGGGAAUUUCUUUCACACUACCACAUGUACUCUGUGAAAAAGGAAACUGAAAGAUUAGAAUGCAGAGUUGUCAGUGAACUGAUUGACAUGUGGCCUCUAUCAUAUUACAUACACAAUGGAUACCAGAUUGUCCCAUUGAAGCACAGUCUCUUGUCACACUAAAUCAGCUGACCAGAUGCUAAACUAUCUCUUUUAUGUGUCUUAACAGAUAUGGCUGAAUCACAGACAGUAAGCGAUGCCAUAGCAGCAGUGCUGCCAGAUCUUCCUGACCACGUUCUCAAGUCAGUGGAAGAUACCUUAAAGGCACUUGGUGCAGUGACGGCAGAUGAUUUACAGUACAUUACAGAGGUAGACUUACUGCCAGUGUUGAAGCCCGUACAAGCCAGAAGACUUGUUGCUGCAUGGGCCCAAAACAAGUCAUCCACUCCAACUCCAGCCCCGGCAUGUUCCUCUCAAGGGUCUCUCCUUUCGUCUUCCUCUGGUUCCCCGGUCACUCCCUCACGAGCAUCAUCCACAGCUACAUCAUCCUCAGAAAGCUGUUCUCCGCGUGCACCAAAUUGGUUAGACACUUUUCAGAUACCAUGGCAGAAGCUCUCUGAAGAGUUAGUACAGAAUUUGGAAAGACAGAAGAGGCCAAGUCCGCGACUACGAAGAGAAAUGAUAAGGAUUGUGGUCUCUGAAAUGAUGAAGAUUUGUAAGAAUCCCACCAAACAGAACACCACAGAGAUAGCAAAAAGGAUGGUAGCCAGAUAUCCAAGAUCUCUUCAAGAUGUGAUUGAUGGUGAUAUUAUUGGACUUGGAUAUCAUUCCCUGGCAAAGCAACUCCAGUCAAGAGUGGAAAAUGUCAAACGACCUGACACACCAAAGAUAAAGAGACGCAAUAGAGCCUCAGAUGAUGACACCGAUGAAAUUUCUGUCAAACAAAGAGCACAUGUUCAAGACACAUAUGGCUGUGUCAACUGGAUGCCGAAACAUCUGCCACUCCCUGAGACUGUGACGAGUCAGUCAGAAAAAAAAGAAAAAAUGAAGACAUUUGAAGAGAUUAACUUCAAUUCAGAUGCAGUGAAAGAAUUAAUCAAGUCCACCUAUUUCACACAGCGUAAAGAUAUCAAUAAUGGGGAAAGCAUCAAGAACUUAAGCCAUGAAUGGCCAUUUUUGUUCAAGGAAGUCGGCAUGGCAGCACAUUUCCAGGAACUGACUGGCGUGUGUUUGAUUGAGUCCUUCCUUGCCAAUGUGGAGAAAAAGGGGGCACGUCUCUUAAACUUCUUCAAAUGUGUUGAUGCACAUAAACACAAACAAGUCCUGGAUGCUCUUCUCAAAGUUCAAACUGAAAUAGGUCAGUCCACUGGUUGCUCAGGAGAAGUCAUACAGAUGGUGCUUCUUUUACUGGCUCAUUUUGAUGAGAAGGAGGAGCACAUGUUCCAUUUUGUUGAGAAGACGAGCCUUGCUGAAGAGGUUCAGAUGGACGGGGUUCCCCCAACACCGUGCCUUAUUGUCUGCGGGUCUUCCUGCUUUGCCGCUGAGACAUUUAUGUUGAGCAUCGACAAUGAGAUUGUCAACGACUGCAUCACUUCCUUCACAUCUGCCAUCUGCCUGAUGUUUGGCAGUUACUAUUGCUUCAACAUACACUACCCAGUGGAACUAAGGUCUACACUGGAGUUCCUCCAACGGUGUUUCUUCUCAAUCAACCCUGAGAAAGGCACCAAAGUCGAGUGGAAGAAGAAGAAAAAAGUAUUCUCAGUCAAUCCAAGAGUCUUCACUCUGAUCUCAGACCUCGCAGACCACGAGUGGACCUUCCAGUGAUGUUGAGGGAUGAUGUGAUAAAAGGUACACUGAAUGUAUACACUGCAGAUAUUGUAUUGUAUUGUGUAAAAUUCUGAAAGUUUUACAAGUUUGUUCAUGUUCAGCUUUACUGCACUACUUUUGUACUUUAAACACGUUGAAGUAAACUUGCUAGUUCUAGAUAUGGAUGCAGUAACAGAGGAAGUAUUAAGAUUUAUUAUGCAAGUUUUGAGACUUUCGCUUACCCUUCAUACCCUUCAGGUAUGAUUUUGAACGUGAAAAUGAAACACUGUGUACACUGAUAGAUUUGUACAAAAAUGUUUAAUUUGUCCAAAUAAAGACUUUCUUUAUUUGAAA